GACGCUGUGGUCAGUUAUCAAAUUAUUGACAUUAUUUAGUUUACACAUGAAAAAUUUUCAUGAUAGUUGUGAAGACCAAGAGACAUAUGUAAAUGAGUGUACCAGGUAAUGGGAAGCGGUGGCAGUAAAAGUCCACCAGUCAAGGAAACUUUAACUUCCAACAAAGAAAAAACAGAAUCCUCUUCACCAAGCCCUGCUCCUCUGGACACAAAUGUAAAUGUUAAUAGUGGUGGGCAGUCCACCAAUCAGAAUACAGCAGAGUCUAGGCCACCCAAUCAGAGUCUGGAAAAAUUAGAGCAAUCUGGAGAACUAAAACCCAGUGAGAAAUCUGUCCUCCCAGAGAAAGCAUCAGGCAGUGAAGACAAUAAAGAACAAAUAAAGAGUACAGAAGCAACAAUGCCAACAUCAAAACCAAAAGAGGGUGGCACUCCAGGAGAAUCUGAGGAACGAUUGAUACCGGAGGUUCACAAGGACCAGCAAUUGUUUGAUGAUGCUAUUAGUUCUGCCUGUCAGCUGGUCAAGAGUCAAAGUCUACUGAAGCUGGUCACCCAGAAUGUCACCUCCCUCUGCCUCCAGAGAGCCCUCCCUCAGGGGUUCUCCUUGUAUGAGCUCCUCAAGAAAAUGACCAAUUUACAGGAUUUGGACCUAUCACACAAUGACAUGGGACCCCAGAGUUUCCGCAGUCUCUGUCUGGCCAUGUGUACCAAUACGUCUAUUCUGUGUCUGAAUCUCUCCGACAACAAAACUGACACAGACAGCGCUGAAUGUCUUGGAUUGAUGCUGAGUCAUAAUGGGAGCUUGUCUUAUCUCAACAUUUCAAAUAAUUACUUUGGAAAAGAUUAUUUCUCACGUUGUGUUGGACCAGCUCUGAAGACAAACACAUCACUGAUGAAUUUCAGAGCAGAAAACAUAGGAUCCACUGAUGUGAAGGAUUUUCUAGCAGGACUACAAGAGAACACCUCUCUAACAGAACUGGACUUCAGUAACAACUGGGUAACAGAUAAGACUGCACUAGGUGCUGGUCUGGGGGAAGUAUUAAAGAGGGAGAAUUGUGGCUUGAUCUCUCUGGCACUGGCUGGUUGUGAAAUAAACAAGACAGGAGCUGCCCAUCUUCUUGAUGGAGUGAAACAGAACACAUCCCUAAAUGAACUCAAUGUAAACGGGCUGGAGUUUGAGUCACUCUCCCACUUACUGCAUUUUGUUGCUGUCGCCGCCAAUAACCCAAAUUUACAAGUUUUAUCCAUUGAUGGUGCCAAGUUUAAAGACACAACUGUUGAUACCAAAGAUAUAGCUCUUCCAUCCAGAGAUGCUCCGCCUUCCUUACAGAUUCUGAGUUUGAGUGACAGUCACUUGACAGAUGAAUUCUUUGAUGCUUUCCAGACACUGUACCAAGGAAGACAGAUUCCACUGACUGAAAUUGACAUCAGUAGUAACGACGGCCUAACAGGAAAAUGUGUACAUUUCCUCGCUGAAUUAACAAAAGGAGAGGAGAGUCCAUCAACAAUUAGGAAACUAAGACUUGGUUUGUGCAGUGGUGUGAAAAGUUUACCCGAGGAGUUGAUCAGCAGUGAUCUCCCUUCUCUGCAGUAUCUCAAUGUUAGAAAGUCAAAGAUACCAGAUUUGUACAAUCUGUCUAACCUGUUUAUUGAGAAAAACCUGACAACACUGAUCUUAGAUGGACAAAAAAUUGCCAACAUGGACACACUAGAAAAACUUCUAGCUGGAGCUAGUAAAGGGCACCUGACAACUCUAAGUCUGAGUAGCUGUGCACUGUCAGCCAAAGAUAUCAAACCACUCUGUAGUGUCAUCAAAGAAGGCUUAAAACUACAGAUGCUAAAAUUAGCAGGAAACAGAUUGGAGGAUCCAGGGGUAGUGGUCUUAGUGGAGGCAGUAGCAGCUAACAAGACACACCCACUGGCAGUGUUAGAUGUCUCUGAUAAUACGUUCAGUGAUGAAGGAGCAAAACAGAUAGCAAGUUUAUUUACAAAUAAAAAGCACAAGACACAAAUCCAUAGCCUGAAUCUCAGUCACAAUAAUGUGGGUAAGACAGGUCUCCUCGCUAUAGUGUCUGUGAUUGGGGGGAAAUCCCCAUUAAGGACUCUGUAUCUACAGAAUCAGACCACUGCCUCACAGCUGACUAUCCCAGACAUGGUAGAGGUCUACACAAAACUGGCCCAAAACCUCGGAUUUAAAAUAAAGAAGACAGGAGACAAGAUACAGCCGGGAUCCUGUGAUCUUCCCAAACUACCUGAGGGUCUGGUGGUCCGACUGACAGAGCUGGGGGGCAACACAGGUGACAUUGGUCAGAUGUUGGACAGCGUUCGGAUUAAGACAGAUUACGUCAUUGAGAAACCCCCUCUGCUGACUUACACUGACAUCCUAACCAUUUGUGCCGUUCUGAAAGGUUCAGGAUCAGAGAUUCCUGUGUGGUCCAGUGAGCAUUGGAGAAUGAUAACAGGGCUGAAUAGACCAACAGCUGAUGCUCCAUCUUGGCUAGAGUUACCAGACAACAGAGACCGGUGUUUGUAUCUCAGUAAUCUCCCUGCUAGCUCCACUACACAGAAACUGGAGGCCAUACUAGAAAUGGAUGCUGACUGUAACCUACAGGAAGUCUGUCUGAUGAAGGACCCAGUGACUCGGAGUGUUAGUGGUGUUGGGUGGGCACUGAUGGCAGAUGAAGAGUCGCUACAGAAAGCAGUGGAUUUCUACAACUCAGGAGAGGCAAAGGUCUUUGGACAAUCCUUUAUUAUAUCAAGGGUGAAAGUAAAAGUAGAUGAUGAUGAACAUUCAGUGGCAGCUCAGAAGGCCAAGGAAGACCUAGAGUUGAGAAUGAAGUUAAGACAAAAAGAGGAGCAGGACCUUAGACGGUUAAUUCAGAGGACAACAGAAGAGUCUUGGAAACGCCAUGCCUACCGACUAGCCCACCCAGCCUACGCUGACGGCAGGAUCUGGUAGUCAAGGCAACAAGGAGCAUAACUCUGUUGAGGCAGCAGUGGUAUACAUGUCCAUCAGUUGUGAUUUAUCUAUUUUAUGUUCUAAUGAAAAACAGAUACUUCCAUUUCAAAUAUGAGGAUAGCAAUUAGAAGCGUGAACAACAUCCAGUUGAGAUGGUGAAUCAGAUGUAGUUUAUACAGUAUAAUUAAUGUUUAUUCAAUUGCACUUCGACAAGGAACACAAAUUAAAGAUUACUUUUCAUUAUAUACCUUAAUUGCCGUUUAGUGUGAUAAUUUGAAAUUAAUGCCUUGUUUUUUCCUUACAUGUCUCAUUUCAAGAACUCUGUGAUAUUUCUUUUUGUUUAUUCAUUACUUACUAUAACAGAGUUAAUUGUAAGAUGGUAAUGGUUUUUCUGUUUCCUUGUCCACAAAAUAAUUCACAAGCUUUGAGAGUAUUAAGAUAUUUGAGAGAAAGGCAAUGACAUAUUAGAGGUCAUCAAACUUGGAUGAUAUUUAUUUUAUUUCAGUAAUUGCCCCUGUUAAUUUGAAUCUCAGCAUUGUUUAAUGUUUGAAAUAUCACACUUUGAAUCAUUGUACUUGUCUUUGUUGAAUUCUUUGAAAAAAUUAUGUUCCAAAUGA